AUGUCAUCAAACGACGAACCGGUCGUCGCCUCUGCUCCUGUGGAGGUCGAUGAGAAUGAGCCCCCGGUUACCCCGAUAGAGGCGAGUGUUCUCUCUGGAGACGAAGAUUUGGUUAAGCCCAGCCCCGAGGUAUCCAAGGAAAGCCCCGCGGCUUCUCUGGCCAAAGCUAGCCCGGGUACACCUGGCACCGUGAAACGUCCUGUAUCUGGAACAACUACCACCAAACGGCCAACCUCGUCCUCCGCAUCGAAACCCACGACGGGUACAACCCGCACGGCCACCACCAGUACGCUGAAUAAACCCCCCACUCGUCCCUCGACCAUAACAGCGACCCGGAAGCCACUGAGCACUUCGACUGUCUCGUCCCACCGGUCUCGCAUGUCAGUCAGCAGCUCUGCGGACGAGAAGCCUCGGUCUGUGGCUAGCUCGGGAGAUGAGAGGCGGGGAAUCUCUGGCACUGCGAAGCGCAUGUCCAUGGCCGGUAGCACCUCCGCCCGUCCUCCUCUAAAACCCACAUCAUCUUCCAUUGAUCGUAGAUUGAGUGUUGCUGGUACCACCGCCGAGAGGAAGCCCGCUACCACAACAGCGCGCACCGCGACCUCGACGAGCAAGCCUGUGGGCAGGCUGACCUCAUCCACGAUACCUGCAAGCCGGACUGCCACUUCCACCUCUACCACUAGACCUGCUACUGCUCGGCCAACUUCGACUACGAGCACUGUCAGAUCUGCCACUGCGACAGACCCUAAGAAGCGGUUAAGUACGGUUCCUGGUUCGAUUUCUCGAGCUGGGGAUUCCGAAAAGCUGCAGGCCCUUCAGACUAAGCUCACAGAGAGUGAGGAGACCGUGGCUAGUCUGAAGACUGAGUUGGAGGCUGUCAAUGAGAAGCUCAGCCAACUUUCUAUCUCGGCCGAAGAGCCCUUGGAUGAUGCUGGUGUUACUGAGGCCAUUCGUGCUGGCCACGCCGCAGAGAUUGAGAAUUUGACAUUAGCCCAUAUUGAGGAACUCCAGGCUUUGCAAGCACGACUAGACGAAGCAGAAUCCCAACGGAAAGAGCUGCAGGAGAGCUCGCAAAAGGAACUUGAGGAAGCUAGACAAUCAGCCGCGGCGCAAGGGGAUGACAGGACAGUCGCCCUUCUUGACGAGCUCAAGUCAACACACCAAACUCAACUUGAGGCCAUUGAAAAAGAGCUGGCAGAGCACAAAUCUGCAGCCACUCACUUUGAGGAGCAGAUAAGCGCUUUGAAGAAGGAACUUGAGUUCCAGAAGCUUACCUUGGAGGAAGAAAAAGCCCUAGAGCUCGAACAUUUUGACCGAGAACUCAAAGGCCGUGAUCAGGUUAUGGAGAACCUUAAUAUGGAGAUUGUUAAGCUGAAUACGCUUAAGGAGCAGGAGGUUCGUUCUGCCGAGGAGUCUGCUCAGGAGAGCAUCUCCAGUCUCCAAGAGCAAGUAACCUCCCUUGAGGCGAAGCUUGCUGCGGCCGAGUCUGUUACCCGGGAAAGCUCUGAGCAGAAUACUUUGAUUGCAGAGAAAGAUGACGAAAUCACUGAACUUAAGCAGGCUCUUGAGAAGAUCCAAAUUGAGCUCCAGGAGGCACGCGAUGCCGCGGCCACUAAAUUGUCACCCAAGAUCGAGGAGUUGGAGACUGCUAAUGAGGCUGCUAUCGCAAGCCUUAAGGCUGAACACCAAAUUGCUAUCAGUGAUAUUUCAGCUUCCCACGCAGAGAAGCUCACGGCCGCCAUAGCGGCGGCGGAAUUGAGCGAGACAGAACACACCACGCAACUCCAGGAACUCCGUGAUGCCCUCGAGGCGUCUAAGGCCAUUGCCCAGCAGGCACAAGAAGAUGCUGUUGCUGAGCUCAAGACAGCGCAUGAAGUAGAACUUAAAUCGCUGCAAGAAAAGCUGGUGGCUUCUGAUAAUGCCCUCAGCGAGUCCCGCCGUGCACUGGAUGAGGGUAACGCUUCUGCACAAGACCUUGCUAUCCAGGAGAUUGACACCCUUCGACACAAGUGUGAGUCGUUGGAAUCGCAGCUGUCCACUGGCACUGGGAAAAUCAAUGCACUACUCGAAGAGAUGCAGAGCAAGCAAGCCGAAGCUGAAGCCAUCCACCGCACUCUACGGGACGUCGAAGAUCACUCCAAACAGGAGGGCGUUCAGAAGGACAACAAGAUGAAGGCUUUGGAGCAGAAGGCUGUAGAAGCCGUAUUACUUCUCGAACAACACACCUUGGAGGCUGCCAGUGUGUCUGAAAAGCACGCACAGGCUCUGGAAGAGUUGAAGGCUGAGAAUGCUGCUCAGCUCGCAUCCGAAUUGGAGCGGGCCAAGGAGGCAUCGAGCUCCCAUGACAGCGCUCUGGGUGAUCUUCAGACGAAGCAUGAUGAGUUGCUUGCCACAAACAAGGCAUUGGAAUCUACCCACACCACUCGGGUCCAGUCCCUUGAGGCUGAAUUGAAGGCGGCACUUGAAAACCACGCUCGUGAGAUUGCUAUCCAUACCGAAGGUCGUGAAAAGGAGACCGCUGAACUCCAGAAUCAAUUCGAAGAGACACAGGCAAAGUUGCAAGCUGAGCUCUCCGCUUUGCAGAGUUCUAGCAAAGCCGGUGCCGAGCUUCAUGAGCAGAAAAUCGCCGAACUGAAAAAGGACUUUGAAGAGACGAAAGCCCAGCUGCAAGCCGAGAUUGAGGCUGCCCAAAUCUCCAAGGCUGCUGACUUUGAUGCUGAGCACAGCAAGGCAAUUGCUGAAUUGCAGCAGGGAUUUGAAGAGAGUAAAGCCAAGCUGCAGGCUGAUAUUGAGGCUGUGCAAGCCUCCAAGGCUGCAGAGAUUGAUGCCGAGCACGGGAAGGCAAUUGAGCAGCUAUUGACUAUGAACGAGGCCAAGCUGUCUGGUCUCAGGGACGAACUCCAAGUUUCUAACAAGACCAAGACUGAAGAUCUCCAGAAGGCCCACGAUGCAGCCCUGGCCAGUGUUAACGAGCAGUUGUCUCAGGCCAAGGCUGCUGCCCAAGACACCUCCGCUCUGGAUGACUUGAGGGCUACAGUUGCUGAUCUGCAGGCCAAGCUUGCCGACUCUGCGAAGGCCCACCUGGCAGCACAGGAAUCUGCCACCACUGCUUCCAAGGAAAUCGAGGAUCGUUACUCGGCCGAGCUUGCCAAGACUCAGGCUGAACAUGUUGCGCUUGGAGAGAAGUACCAAGCCGCUGUCACCAAGGUGGGUGAGCUCGAGAAGCUUGCCAAGGAAUCGGACAGCCAGAAGUCGCACCUUGAGUCGAUUAUGAAGCAGCUCUCUGAAUCCCGCGAUCAACUGCUUAAGGUCAAGGCCGAUAACGCUACCAUCUCCGACUCGCUCGUUGAUUGCAAGAACCAAAAUAAGACCUUGUCCGAGAAACUUGAAGCUGGGGAACGUGACCUGAAUGAUCAGAUUGACAAGAACAUGGGGCUCCUCAACCAGCUUGGCGAUGUUGAUUCCGACAUCUCAGCUAGCCGGCGACGGGUUCGCGAACUCGAAACUGAGCUCGCAGUUCUGAAGGCGGACAAUGGUGAGAAGAGCAGCUCUUCAGGCUUGGAGGCUAGCCGGUGGGCGACAGCUGAUGAGGGUAGCGAGAACGCUGAAGAUGGGGGUCCAGCCACAACGCAAGGUGAGGACCUAGGCCCAUCCAUUGAGGGAACGAUGGCAAGCAUCCAGGAACAGCUUAAGCAUAUCCGAACAGCCAACGAUGAUUGGUAUGGCGAGCAUCACAGACUCAUUGGCGAACUUGCACAUCUCUCCCGGCAAGCAUCCACUGAGACUCCCAGCCCCUCGACCACACCCAAUUUGGAAGUUCCACCAGCUCCUGGGCCAGAACCUGCUCGCACCCGCGCAGCAACAGUCUCCUUUUUCGGUAAACGCGGAAUUUCGCGUUGA